UGAUUACGGGUAUAACAUAUAUUUGCAGUUACAUACAAAGAAGGUUCCUUUUUACAUCCGCAGACCACCCGAACAAUGCACACUCUCCUGCUCUGCACUACGUCCCUCCUGAGUACCAUGCAGUCCCCUGUUCCCGUCCCUGAUCCCAAGUGUUUGUCCGCGCCGCAUCCCGGCUCUUCCUUGUCAUUCCCUGAAGCACAUGUUGGGAAUGGCAGUGAUUGCCGAUAUCUUGGAUAUGCGGCGAUGGAUUCCAUCAACUUGAACGAUAGAGCGCCUGCGACACUGAGGGUGAAGAAGGAGACUUAUAAUAAGCAUAAUGACACCACAGUCUUCCCAACUCACGAAGAGCGCGAAAUAGCAUCAGAUAUGUGAUGUGUGUUGGUUAAUCUACAGCGCCGCCGAACCCAGCCCGAGGACCAGAUAAAGGCGGCUCAGCAUUGCAGAACCUUGUCUCCUCCUGUGCAAGAUAUUGAGGGAGAAGGGCGAGCAGGGAGGACGGAUCUUACCUUGUGUUGCGGAUUGCUCGAGAUGCAGAAC